AUGGAGUACGGCGUGCAAGUGGAUAACAAAUUCGCCUUCGGGUCGGAUGAUGAACUGGGAGAUCCGAGCGAGCUAAUUCGCAGGAGCGUCCAGGAGAAGAAGACUCCCGCUCAGAAGAAGGCCGAGCGCGAUGAAGCUCGUCGUCAAAAAGCCAAGGAGGAGGAAGCCGCCAAGAAGGCUGCCGCUGCUGCUGCCGCUGCCAAGGAGGUGAAACCUGCUGGUGGUGACCGCGGACGUGGUGGUCGUGGCCGUGGAGGCCCUCCUCGCGGAGACCGUCCUCCUCGUCCACCAAGGGCUGAGGGCGAUUUCUCGCCUCGUGAACGUACCGAAGGCGGCGAGUUCCGCGGACGCGGCCGUGGUCGUGGAGCCCCCCGUGGUGAUCGUCCAUUCCGUGGACGUGGUGCUGGACGCCCAGUUGGCGAGCGUGGCGAGGAGAACAAGGAGGUCGGCGACGAGAACACCCCACCGCAAGAGGGAGGCGACUUCCGACGUGGUGGAUUCCGUGGUGGACGUGGUCGCGGUGGCCCAAGGCAAUUCGACCGUCAGAGCGGCUCCGACAAAACUGGAGUGCGCCCGCAAGAAAAGAAGGACGGUCACGGCAAGGGCAACUGGGGCGAUCAGGAGGAUCAAAUCGCUGCCGAGACUGAGGAAAUCAAGGUCGAGGAGCCCGAGACUCCCCCGGCUCCCCGCGAGAAGACUGCUGAAGAGCUCGAAGCCGAAGCCCGCGAGGCCGAAUACGCCAAGAUGAAGACUCUCGCCGAGUACCGCGCCACCAUCCAGAAGGAGGAGGCCAAGUUCAACACGCGCAAGGCCGGCGAGGGUGUUGAGGAAAACUUCGGCAAGCUGGUGCCCAUCGCCAAGAAGGAGCACUCGGCUGACGAUGCUCAUGAGGUGGUCAUCCAGUCCAAGGAGAACAAGAAGAAGAUCGUCGAGACUGGCUUCCGCUUUGCUGAGGCUAGCCGUGGAGGUCGCUUUGACGACGACAAGUUCGGACGUGGCGAGCGCGGAGGACGCGGUGGACCUCGUGGUGGCAGGGGACGUGGCGGCAACACUGGAAGCCGUGGUGGUAGUGGAGGACAACAGCAGCGCACUGGCGGCGGUCGCUCGGACCAAUUCCGUGCCGACAUCAGCAGCGCCAACGACUUCCCCUCCCUUGUUGAUCACCCAAAGAUCGUCGAUGCCAUAAGCCGCUUGAUGAGGUCUUUACUACUAUUGGUGCAGCUGUUGCUCGUGUUCUGUGGGCCGCUGUGGGCAUUUAUAGUUGGCGGAUGUAUUGGGCCGAAGACGGCGUUCGAGCGAUAUUUGACGGCCACUGACAAGAAGGAGUUGAAGCGCAUCGUGCACGAGAACUUUGAUGGGCAGAACCAGGCCGAGCAACAUCACGAAUGUUCCGUCUACGCCCAGCUGUUGCCUAGCCAUCUUUACAAGCAGCUACUGACGUCGGUGUAUAAAGCCUCGGAAACGGGCGCCGACAAGCAUGAGGUGAAGCGGCUUGUGGAGGAGUACAUUGAGCGAUUGCUGGUGGAGGGAGCGCUGGAUAGGCUCACAACGCUAGCCCCGCAGAUGAAGCCCGCCAUUUCCGUCUCGUCGGGUAUCAUGCGGCGCGUGGCGCUGACCAACAAGCCCGCCCCGUCGGCCAUUCCAUUCGAGUCUACAACCACGGGCACGACAAGCCAAGCUGCGACCGUUCCGAACGUGCCCGUUCGCGCGGCCAACUACUUGGUGAUGGCGCCGUUGCCUCCGGUGAGGAUCACGUUAAGCACCGAGCCCACCACAACUAAAGCUCCGGCCAUGCAGCCCACGCCUUUUGCGGGGCUUAGCAAAACGCUAGAAGAAAAGCGACGCUUCGACUCGCUGGCCCGCCAAUUUCUACGCGAGCGCCAGCGCGUGGUACAGGAGAGCGCCGUCACGCCUGAGACGAUCGUUUACAAG